GUGAUUGGCUGGAAUCCGAGAGUCUAGUCACGUGAGCAGCUGACCCAGCUCUGUGGAGUGUGGGCAGUGAAGAGCUCGUGAGUAGCAGAGUGCAGUGAGCGGCGCUGGGGUAAGGACGUUACUGGUCAACAUGAUGAUUCUCGGCUACUGGGACAUACGCGGGAUCGGCCAUGCAAUCCGCCUGCUGCUGGAAUACACCGGGACUCCUUAUGAAGAGAAGCGCUAUCUGACAGGGGAUGCCCCAGACUAUGACAAGAGUCAGUGGUUGGAUGAGAAGGAGAAGCUGGGCUUGGACUUUCCAAAUUUGCCCUACCUUUUGGAUGGAGACGUUAAGUUGACACAGAGUAACACUAUUCUGCGCUACAUUGCCGGCAAGCAUGGGUUAUGUGGUAAUACUGACAGUGAAAAGAUCCUUGUAUCACAGAUUGAAAAUGAAGCCAUGGAUUUUCGUAUGCGACUUGUCACUAUUGCAUACAACCCUAACUUUGAAGAGCUGAAGGGACCAUAUCUUGAAAAGCUACCAACUGUGUUGGAAAGAUACUCUCGAUUUUUGGGCGAAAGGCACUGGUUUGUUGGGGACAAGAUUACAUUUGCAGACUUCCUGAUGUAUGAUGUACUCGAUCAGCACAGUAUGUUGGAUCCUACAUGCUUGAAAAAGUUCAAGAAUCUACAGGAAUUUCUGGCAAGAUUUGAGGCUCUGCCUGCUAUUGCUGCGUACAUGAAAACACCCCGUUUUAUAAAAACACGUAUUAACAACCGAAUGGCUUCAUGGGCCAAUAAAUAAUAAUCUUGCAGAACCUGUAGUCCACUGAUUUGCUAGACUGCUUAUUCUUACACAUUGGAAGCCUAAAAUAUUUCUGUUCCAUAUGUUAUUGGCAAUAGUUGUGAAAACAAAAGUGGUGAAUUAAAAGGAGUUGACAAAUUCCUGCAGCACUAUGAAACCAUGCUUACAUUAGAAUUAAAAAUACUUUAUGCACUUUU